UUCCUUCGAGAACGAAUUUGUCAAACAGCCUGGUUGUAAUGUCAGUUCCAUGAUGUCGGUGUCAUCGAAGGUUUCAGGCAGAAGCAGACGUUGGCGUUAAUGGAUGGAUGGGGGGGACGGGACACAUUUUUUAGAUUCCUUUAGAGAGGACUGCAGCUUUAUCCUCGAAGCACCUGGGAUUGUAUGGUGAUGACAGGAGAGACUUAAUACCACACCUCGCGUGCCUCAGCUGACUCUCUCUGUGAGAAAGCGGGGUUUUGAUUUAUAACAGCACUCCCAAGAGAAGCAACAGUAACAGAGUCUUAAGGGACAGUAUACUGCGAGGAGCGACACUGCGUUCGAAUCCUCUGAUGGCUGAACUAGCUUUUAUAGUCUGUGCCCCCCCCCCCUCCACCAUACUAGUGGCACUGGAAAGACCCCGUCCUGCCCCAGUCUGACCAGUUCCUCGGAUUGAAACCGACAAACGGAUUGUGAGCUGGAAAAGGUUAAACGCUGAAGUUAACGUGACUCGCCCACACAACAGCAGCACCUCUCAUGAAACAUUUCAUUCUUUUACCAGCUUCUGAGCUCUGCUUCAGCUGCGAGUGGCUCAGAUGGGAUCAUUAAACAGCUGCUGCUCCUGCGCUACUCCACAGUGUCAGUCAGAGAGCUCCUUUCCCACAUCGCUUCAGCAAACCGGGGGGAGAGAGACGAGGCGACUUCAAAAUCCAACGCAUUCACAUUUUAAAAAGGCUCUGGGGCUUUUUUCAAAUUUGCCUGAAUAAUCCAGAUUUAUUAAGAGUGUGUUAGUGCUGGUAUUCUUUCGGGUGAGCUGUGCAGUAAAUGGAAGCUGUACCUGGGGUAUAUAACAAUUUUCAGACUGGCUUUGUGGCUCUUCCAGGGUGCACUGAGGUCUAUUUAAUUUCUCUGAAGUCAUUUCUCUGAACACCCCUGUUGUUUGAAUCAUUAAAAUAGAGCCUCUUCCUUCUAAACAGAUAGACAUGCACUGAUAGAAAUGCACUGAUAGAUUUGCGGGACCUUGCUACACAAAGGGCUCUGUUUUAAUGAUCUAAAGAGUGGGGGUAAUAAGAUCUGGUACCUUUCAGAUAAUCUGAACAGACCCCUCUGAAGAUCCCGUCCAGCAGGUAACCCACUUGAUUCAUGAGAUCAAGUGACGUCACAGAAGCAAUCCUGUCCUGCAACGCAUUGCACAGCGCCUGCUGAUUAUUACCAAAGAAAAGAAACUGUGUUCAUUUCAAUAAAACAAAAGAGGCGUGAGUCAGCAUUGGCAACCCGAAGUCUGUUUAAAAUGGAUCACUUUAUUAGGGGCUUUAAGUGGACGUAGGCAUUAGUCAGGAACAGGGCGCUCGCUUGCUGUGAUGAUGUCGCCGCGUAUCCCGUUACCUGAUUUCCUGCUGCAUCUUUCAAGCAAAUGAAAAGGCUUGGAAAUCCAAAUCGUUGUCUGCGGUUUUGAGAGCAGCUUCCCCUGCAUGCAUGAUUUCAAAGGGAGCCCUAGCCAGCCGGCCUGUAACAAAAAGCUUUGCUGCAGCUGCUAGUCUUGCUGUUUUGAUUUCCUGUCCUGAUCCUCAGUAAUGACAGAGCUGCUUUGCAGACAGGUCCCUGCGGCUGGCUGGGGAUUAUAGAGCUCACAUUAAACGUAUUGAUGUUGCCUGGGAGCCCCGACCCCCACGACAGCUUGUGGAUUUGAGGAGCUGCCUCCCUGGGGUGAAUGAUUUAGUGUUUGCUGUUCGUUUCAUAUCCAGUCUGCAGGAAGGGAAUAGGAGUCUGCUGUCUAUCUGCGCCGAAUUCAUUCUGUGACUUUCUGCACAAAUCAGGGGUGGAAAUUAGACUCCUAUUGCAUAGCAGUUUCACCCAUUCCAGCAGAUUCGGAGCAGGUCUCAGGUCUCGGAGUCCCUGCCAGGAACAUUUCCAGGCUCAAGCGGAAGCUUGGACUGGUGCUGAUGCACCCCAUUAAACACUUGUGUGUAGGAGGACAGUCCUUCUCUUCACUUGCUGUAUUCGCUGGAGCGUGAAGUCCCCACACGCUACGCAGACUGACUAACGAAAACUCAGUUAACAUUGUUUCCUACGCUCUUGGAAAAACGUGCUCUUCCCUGUCUCCCCGCGCACCGCUGUGACGGUUCGUUACGCGCCGGCGAGUUCUGAAGAGCGCUUGGUUGAAAGAGGAGACGGCUUCACUGAGCGCUUUUCACACAGCAUUGUUUUUCUAGCUUGUUUGGUUUUCUCCCAAAUCCCUUAAGAAUGCACUUUAUUCAACUGCUGGGAAAGUGUUUCUGCCAUGUCUGUGUGAUCGUUUAGUUUUGGUUUGGCUGUGUGUGUGUGAAAGGGGGAGCAUCAAGACCACCCUAAAAGGCCCCUUUCACUCAGGAUUCCUUCUCUCUUGGAGAAGGAGGUCAGUCUGGAGGUCUCGAGGGGUGCUUUUAUUGUCAGAGAAGGGGGCGCAAUAGAAUAUUGGGUGGGGGGUCUCCUAAAACCCCACAAAGCUGCCCCCCCCGCCCCCUCCCCCCCUCAAAAAAAAAAUGAGAGCCAUCCAUCAUUCUUAGUGCUUCUAUUAUUUAGUGUGGAGGGGAUGGGUCAGCGAUUAUUCAUGUAGGGUACAGCGAUAGGGGGAGAAAGUGAGCGAUUGUUACAAAGUAAAAAAACAAAUAAUGGCAUGAAAUAUUCAUGGUGUUAACCUAAAACAACUGAUUGGUCUUGAUAUUAGGGUAGCAAUUGACGCCGUUCCUCAAAAGGGCUAGAGGGUUUUUUUUUUUUUUUAUUACCCUUCGUUCUAUGCUUGUAACCAACCCUGUGCAUUUAGCAGUAAAACAGUUAGAUACAUCUAUAUUGGUGUGUCUGUCUCAGAGCAGCUCUGAAACAAUUCCAAUUGAAAGUGGGAGCUGUUCGCUGCCCUUCCCUGUACCUUUGUGAAUGAACACAGCUCCUCUUUCCUCACAGUCUGUCAGUGUAAGUAAUGCUCUUCAUUGCCUCUCACACCAGGGAUACAGAAGGAGGUGUGGAUCCAGGGAACAGUCCACUCGUAAUCCAGGGCAGGCGUGGUUAUUGUGGAAGGAUACCUACAUGAUCUAAACAAAAAAGCAAAAAACCACAUUUCAAAUCAAGUAAAAAACAAAACAAAAGCCACAGCAACAAUGACUACAAUGGCCUUCUUUUAGUAAAGUUCCCACGUUAGUUGUCUUUCAUUUGCAUGAGAAAGCAGAGAGGCAGAACGGCCCAGCGCUGCGUGAGUCUCUGUGCUCUGCAGGCCGGUCGACAGACGCAGUUCAGGCUGCUCCGUUCGGAGAGGGGCAGGGAUAUCCUGGGACACACAGCAGGUGGGGGUACACAGAAUAGGCCACCCACACUAUUACUGGGUAACAGAGAAUGUGUGCUGGAGACAGCUGUGUGCAGGUUACUCACGCUUGACUGAGCCGUAUAGGCAGUACUGUGCUGGAGGGAAACGCUGCCGUUGCUCAUAUUCCAGCCCCGCUAUUGCUGAUUCCUAAUCACACAUGGGUCGGACAAUGAAAAAGUGUUGUAUCACUGUUUUUAGACUAGGCUGUGGGGCCAACUUGAGCUGCCUAGGCUGCACUGAUUAACUAAGAAACAAUUUAGUAAGCUGAUGAAGAAUACAUGACCUGGUUUUACUGAUAUGACACGAUGAGUGGGCACGGUGUUUAUGUUGUCCGGAAGGGAUACACAGCUGCUCCUCUUCACCAGCACAGCCCACAGAGAGAGAGAGAGGGAGGGAGUCUUUGCUUUUGAGACUGGUGUUUCUCAGGGAUUUGUGCAGAAGCACCUGCCAACUAAGUGCCUAUCCAAGUCUGUUGGAUCCCCGGGAUGAAUGCACAGCUGCAACUUUGCAUAGUUUUGUAAUGGAACUUGAAAUGAAAUGCAGCUUGAAAGAUGGUCUCCUUUUUACAGCAUCCCUAUGCUUUCUGGUCUCGAAGUUGAGACUGUACAUUCAUCAUUGAACACAUUCCAUUCCUCCUGUAAUUUAGAAUCCAUGGCAGGUCGCGGUAUACACUUGUGUUUGUAUCUGAACACAUUGAUUUCUUUAGGCUGUUGAAUCUGUAUCUGAAUUAACAUGUGUCCCUAUAGGAAGCUGUGUCUUUGAGUAUGAUCUGUACUGAUCAGUCUGCUGUUCAUUUUCUGAAUCCCUUUCUAAGCUGUCCUUUGCAGGGAUUGCCUGAUGGCAGUGCUGGGGAGUAACGCAUUACAGUAAUCUGAUUCCAGGUAGGAUGCUUAUUGCUGACAGCUCAUCUACCUGUGACUGUAUUCCUUGUGUUCUUUCCUGUGGUCAGUAUCCCUAGAUACAGCAGAGCAGGGUCCCAAACCUUAAAUGCGAAUCUGAUUGCAGAGUCGGCCCUCACUCUGCAGAACCUCCCUGUAUGUUCACUAUCAGAACGGCUAUAAAUAUUGACCGGGAUGCAGGACUUGCUGUCAGUGAGAUUUGCUUGCAGGGUGCUGAUCAAAGCACUUUUCAAUUGUGAUGGGUGUGUGUGUGUGUGGGAGGGGGGUAGUCAAUAAAAUCCCAUUCAUGUGAAUCAAACAGUCUGCCAGCCAUGCGUAUGGGAAAGGUUGGGGGGUGGGGACCCCACAAGUGAAGUGAAAAGCAAAGCGGACCCCAGAGCCAAUGGAUAAUAGCUGUGUCUUAAUCCCACUGACAUGACAUUUUCCCUGUUAAUAUACAGAAUUCACGAAGAGGACAAAAGAGAUUCAUGAAAGGGUUCAGUGCCACUCUGUGCUGGGGGAGAGCCUUGAUUAGCAGCAGUGUGUCCCAGUUAUGCUGACUGGCUGUCUGCCUGCCUGCUGGCUCUUCUGAAUUCCAGGGCAGUGACUCCAGAGCAACUGUGAUGCUGUUUGCUUAUCUGCUUGUAAAUGUCUAAAUAAAUCGACUAUCCCGAACCUGCAGGGGUACCAAACGGUGACCGUGAUAUAUAAAAAUCACGCACUGCAGUAACUGCCAGCAUUUUCAAAGCUAAAAUGAGACAUUUUCCCCCGAAAUAGAAUAUUUUCCGAUCCUGUUUUCAGUCUGAUAAAAAUCGAUACCCGGUUUGUGAAUGCCAGUAGGAGGCUGGUAAUUACUGCUGCUGUGUUUGUUUUAGAGACGGUUCGUGUUUGAACUUUCUGUUUAAAUUUUAUGCCUGUGCAGCUCUUUGUUUUCAUUUUAGAAAAUAAAUUGUGAACUUUGAUCCAGAAGGAAAAUCUUGGUAAGUCUCCCAGUCUUGUUUAGAGGUUUUGUUUGCAGUUUCUGGCUGUAUUAAAUCCACUAACGUCUUGAUUUACAACAGGUGACUGCAGUGCCUCAACGUACAAACCUGAAAUGGUUGUUUCAACUUCAAUCUCGGAGUUUUGCAUGUCUUUGUUUCCCAGUAAAACCUGGGAGCCUCCUGAUUCAGAGCUCAGCCACCCAUUUCAGAUGGGCAUUGUGGUGAAGGAUUUGCAUAAUGCGAAUAAUGGUUAGAGACCAAAUUGCUUUCCUUCCCCUGUGCAUAUAUUAGAGUGUCUGUGGUAGUUAAGGAGGCUGUGUGGUCCAGUGGUUAAAGAAAAGGGCUUGCAACCAGGAGGUCCCCGGUUCAAAUCCCACCUUAGCCACUGACUCAUUGUGUGACCCUGAGCAAGUCACUUAACCUCCUUGUGCUCCGUCUUUCGGGUGAGACGUAAUUGUAAGUGACUCUGCAGCUGCUGCAUUGUUCACACACCCUAGUCUCUGUAAGUCACCUUGGAUAAAGGCGUCUGCUAAAUAAACAAAUAAAACAAAUAAUAGUUUCUUCCAAACAAUAGCUGACCCAUUGUUUUAUAACCACGAUGAUUUCAAGAUGAUCUGAAUAUAAUAUAAAAGAAUCAUAGAACAGUAACGGUGUAGUAUUUCACUGAUCUAUGUUACUGAUAUACGGUAUCAUGUUUGGGAGACCACAGGAAAAAUAAAUCCAUGUUUUGAUUUGGAUUUGUCUGUGUAGGAUUCCCCAGCAUGUAAUUCCAUCCUCUGUUCCUGCACUGCCAUUAUGAACGCCUGUGAUUGUUCUGUGGUAAACAGUUCAUUACAAACCUUUAGGCUUUUCCUUAUGGAAUUAAUAAUUUAUUAAGUAUAUCUGUAUAUCCAGAGAAGUAAAAGACAUUACCAUGUACAUAUGAUCCGUUUUUUCUCUAAUUUCGAUAAUUCAGAUCAUUAUCUUGUUUUUAAGAGCCCUGAUAGGUCUGUCCCAAAGCUCCCUUUAAGUACGCAGUGUGAAAUCAAGGGAGUAAUGAGCAAUUUUUACGGUCAUGCAUUUUUAUCAUGAUCUGGUUUUUGAUUUGUGUAAUAACAAUAUUACAUAUACUUUUAAUAUGCUGUAUGUAUAGAUGGUUCUCUGUGUUUUUUGUGUUUGUUCAGCGCUUUGAGAUGCGUGUAUUUAGGCGCUUUAUAAAAUAAAUAUUAUAUAAUUGCAAGGAAAGGGCUGGGGAAACCUAGCAUGAAAUUGCAGUUGAAAAUGCACAGGAUUGACUGUAAAAUGUUCAUCCGAGUAUGAAGGGAGGAGCGAGGUCACGGCUUAUCUGCCUGGGUUGUGGUGGUGGUGGUGGUGUGCUGCAGAGGCUUCUCAUCAUAACUAGAGUGAAAGUUUCCUAAACGCACUCUGCUAGGGCACAGCGCCAGGGCACUCCACUAGGCAUCCAUCUGCCAAGAAGAACUUCAGGGAAACCAAGCGGGCCAAGGAAAAAAUUCUGGACGUUCUCCGAGAAAAGUUUGACCCUGAGAACUCGGGCUACAUCAGCACGGAGCGGUUCCGGAGCCUUCUGAACACGCACGGCUCGGAGCUGGACCCCCACAAGCUUGCGGUGCUCCUGGCCCUGGCUGACAGCAACGCGGACGGGAGGAUCUGCUACCAGGACUUCGUCAAUCUGAUGAGUAACAAGCGCUCAAACAGUUUCCGGAGAGCGAUCCUGCAGGGCAGCCGUCAGAGGAAGAGUGCCGCCCUGCUGGAGGAACCCGGCCUGGGCGUCUCCCAGCGCCUCGUCCGCCACAUCGCCUUCGAGACCCUCCCCCGAGAGAUGGACCGCAAGUGGUACUACGACAGCUACACCGGCUGCCCCCCGCCCUGGUUCAUAAUCGCUGUGACCAUCGUGGAGGUGGCUGUGUUUGUUUAUUAUGGGCUGCUGCUGGACAGGUGGGUCCUCCAGGUGUCUCACCCGCUAUAUCUGAGGAACCCUCUGGUGUACCACCCCCAGCUGCGAGCACAGGCCUGGCGCUACCUCAGCUACAUCUUCAUGCACGCAGGGAUAGAACACCUCAGCCUGAACGUGCUGCUGCAGCUGCUGGUGGGCGUUCCCUUGGAGAUGGUGCACGGGGCCCUGCGGAUCGGCUUCCUUUACAUCUCCGGAGUGCUGGCAGGUUCCCUGGCCGUGUCGGUGGCUGACAUGACCGCCCCGGUGGUGGGAUCAUCGGGAGGGGUCUACGCUCUCGUCUCCGCCCACCUCGCCAACAUCGUCAUGAACUGGUCAGGAAUGAAGUGCCAUUUUAAGCUGCUUCGCAUGGGGGCUGCUUUGCUUUGCAUGAGCGCGGAGUUCGGGAGAGCGGUGUGGCUGCGUUUCUACCCCUCGGUCUACCCGUCCUGCCCCAACCCCAGCUUCGUGGCCCACCUGGGCGGGGUGGCGGUGGGGGUCACGCUGGGGGUGGUGGUCCUCAGGAACUACGAGCAGAGGCUUCAGGAGCAGUCGCUUUGGUGGAUCUUCAUUUUAGUCUACAUCGUCUUCGUUCUGUUUGCCGUCUUCUGGAACAUCUUCGCCUACAGCCUGCUGGAGCUCCGGCUGCCUCCCCUUCCCUGAAGACCCAGGCUGCCGUCGGAGCGCCAGGUCAAACACCAGCGCUGGCAUGCACUCGUGUGGGCAAAGUGUGGCAUGGCCAAGCCCGCCUGGGCCUGCUUGGGGAAGGGCCACGACCUUAAUGUGGGUACGUUUUCUAACACGGAAGGUGUCUGCAUAAACUAAACAGAACAAAGAUGUGCCCGUGAGCAUCGUGACUUUGUGUACAGUUUGUACAACCUGUUUACACAUUAAACAUUACUGGAUUCUAAAGUAAUGCCCAAAAAAAAUAAAAAAUUCACUGAACAGAUCCAUGCAGAAGUAGGUUGCUCAAAUAUCCAACACGCUCUACCUUCGUGCUGAGGGGGAAGUUUUGGCGCCUCCUUUUGGAGUGUAGGGGGAUUACAAAGGAAUUAAAUUUGUACAUAUACAGUAUCAUGGAAAACAAAGUUACUGAACUCAGUUUAAUAGUGUAUCGUGUUGUCCUCUAAUAACAGGAAUACAUAGUGCAAUUCUGCAAAUCAAAGAAAUGCUCAUCUCAAACCCAGCACUUAGUUGCUUACCGUAUCUCAGUGUGCAGAACUGGUCUCAUCAGUCCUUAUGCACAGUGACCAAGGGAUGAAACUGCAAGAUGCAUGAUAAUGAAAAGUUGUGUUGAAUGCCUCUCUCUGAUCAGCCCUUCUAUCAGUUUCCCAUAGUAAAUGUGCAUGAUCCUCUUGCACUUGAUGCUUUUCCAUGCACACUGCAUUGCAUUUAGUGCUGAUUUUUUUUUUUAAUAAAAAAUUAGUCGUUGCCAAUUAGUUUUUAUUAUUUUCUCGCCAGUUUGAAAUGCCCAAUUAUUUUUUAGUCUCAGCUCACCGCUACCACCCCUGCACUGACUCGGGAAGGGCGAAGAUGAACACACGCUGUCCUCCGAAGCGUCUGCCGUCAGCCGCCCGCUUCUUUACACACUGCGAACUCACCGUGCAGCCGCCUCAGAGCUACAGCGUCGGAGGACAACGCAGCUCUGGGCAGCUAACAGGCAAGCCCGCAGGCGCCCGGCCAGACUACAGGGGUCGCUGGUGCGCGGUGAGCCAAGGACACCCUGGCCGACCUAACCCUCUCUCCCCCCAGGCGACGCUCUGCCAAUUGAGCGCCGCCCCCUGGAAGCUCCCGUCCACGGUCGGCUGUGGAAUAGCCUGGACUCGAACUCGCGACGUCCAGGCUAUAGAGCGCAUCCUGCACUCUAGCGAGUGCUUUUACUGGAUGCGCCACUCGGGAUCCCCAGUUAAUGCUGAUUUUAAUAAUUGCUUUUUGCCAUACUCCUGUGUCAUCUGCUGUGCUGUACCGUGCAUUUAGACUUCCACGGUGGUAUAGCACAGUAAACUGUUGUAAGGGGGGGCCCUUGUGGAUUGAAUACGAGAUGCAGUUGUCUUGACCUUAGAAAUGUAAUUGAAGGAGCUUGUACUUUUUUAUCACUUGCACUUCUUCUUUGGGCGUGGGAGGGGUUGUUAUUUAAGUGACGUUUGUAUUCAGUAGAUACUGCUGUUUUAUAAAGAGUGCAGUUUUGUUUUUUUCUGUAUUGAAAUUUUUCCCUCGAAACAAACGUACUCUGAUUUAUCCACGCAGCUAACGUACCUCCUACCUCCUUGAAUCAUUCUCCUAUUUAAAUGGUUUGCUAUUAAAAAUACUGUUACCUUCGAAACCUGUCUGUUCUGCAAGUGAAACAAUCGCUACCUAAUCCCUACCAAUUCUUAAAGCACAGGAAAUACCUGUUAAAGUACAUCAGGUACACUUAGUCAAAUAUACAGUAGUACAAUACUGUGCUGGAAAAUAAGCUCAGUAAUAGUCAGGCGAGCUUUCUGAAGCGGUAUGAUUUUUAUUACUGCAGGUAAUGGUUACAUUUCAUUUUCAGUCCUGCGCAGUGCUGCUGUACCUCUGUUAAUGGAUGCACCGCAUUCAGUAAAAGACGACAGCAGCAGGCACAGCAUUAGUGUGUCACAUGUGUGCUCUUUUUAAUGGCAAUCUGAGACUUUAUCCUUGGUGUGCAUGGUGAAGCUUCACAGUAAUCAGGCCUGGCUACUGGGAGCUGAUCUCACAGAGUGGUGUAAAGAGAACUCGGAAAUGAUUGAUUGAACUGUCUUUGUGUGGCGACCUGAGAACAUUUCUUCUGUACAAUCUUAUUCUUACUGAAUUUCUAACUGUGCGGUUGAAAUGAACGCUCGACGGAGGGUUGUGUUAUCUGAUGGGGGAGGAGAGGGCAUGAUUCAGAAAGAUAGAUACCGGAUAGCCUUAUUCUGUCCAAUAUUUUUUUUUUUUUUAAAUAAAUAACCGUUUGUAUGGGCAUCAGAAUUAGAUUAUAAUGCAUCUUCCUUAGAAAUGUUAACUUAUUGUAAUGUCUGUCUUGUAUCAUCAUCGUACAUGUAUUCAAAACUAUUUUAUACAGCCUUAAAAGAUUAAAAAAAACAGCAUAUAAAUAAUAUUAUUUGGAACUGUCUAUCCAGAAAAAAGGGCUAUGGCACAUCACGAAACACUGGUCCAGGUUUGAUGCAUGUGUGUUUUUAUAUUAUGUAUAUUUUGUAGAUUUGAUAUGUAAAUAUUGGUUUCAAUUAAACCUUGUUUUAAA